AUGCAGGGCGGCGGAAUUGCCGCGUGGCUCCACCCUCUCCUUCUCGUCUCGCUCGUUGCUUUCCAUCCUUUCUCUGCGCCCUCUCGUCUCGCACACGUGGCGGCUCUGCAGCCGUCCGAUCAGGACUCUCUCCUCCCUCAGGACGGCCGCGCGGCUGACUGGGGCCUGGGCAAGCUGCGAGAGGAAGUUGCGAAAAAACUUCGGCAAGAGGCGGCUGGCGAAUCUUCCGCGACUCACGACGAGUCGCCAGGCAGCGGCGUCGGCAGCGGUGGUGGCCGCGGUGGCAGGCGGGCAAGUGGGAGCAAGGAUGGGAAAGCAGCAGGGAAGGGGGGCAGCGGCAGCGGGAGUGGGAGCGGGGGUGGUGGGGCGAACAUCGUGCUCAUCAUGGUGGACGAUACCGACCUGCUGCUCGGGAGCACAGCGCGCGAGAUCAUGCCUCUGACACAUGAGCACGUCAUUAGCAAAGGCGCGAGCCUGAGCAACUACUUCGCCAACUUCGCCAUCUGCUGCCCCUCGCGCGUCUCCUACCUCACUGGCCGCUGCUCGCACAACACUGGCGUGAUAUGGAACAAGGACGCGGGCAUGGGCGGGGGCGAGUACCGCGUGCUGGAGGAGGGGCUCGAGCCGCACACCCUCGCUGUCGCCCUGCAGCGAGCGGGGUACAGCACGGCGCUGGUGGGCAAGUACCUCAACGGCUAUGGCACCACGGCAGCCCACCCGCGCACGGGGGAGCCGCUGUCGCUCACGCGCGUGCCCCAGGGGUGGCACGAGUGGUUCGCCUUCACAGGCGUGCCCAACUACUACAACUGGACCGCCUCCGAUAACGGCGCCCCACGCUCGUUUGGCGAUGCACCAGAGGACUACUCCACGGAUGUGCUGCGCCACCGAGCACUGCGCUUCAUCCGUGACGCUGCACAUGCCCAGCACGGCCAGCAGCAGCCCUUCUUCCUCUACCUCGCGCCCUAUGCUGCACACGCGCCCACUAUUCCUGCGCCCCGCCAUGAGGGCAAGUUCAGCCACGUGCAGAUCCCAGCGGCGCCCAACUGGCCGGGCGACUAUGCAUGGCGCAGCAGCAAGGUGUCGGCGGUGGGCGUGUACCCGGCAUUCAACCCGGAGUACGAGCCACUCUUCCACACGCUGCACCAGAAGCGCCUUGAGACCCUGGCUGCUGUGGACGAGCUCGUGCACGCCGUUGCCCUCGCCCUGCUCUCCCACGGAGUGGCGGACAACACGUACAUCAUAUUCACCACUGACAAUGGCUACCACAUCGGGCACCACGGCAUGGCAGCGGGCAAGUCAUCGUUCUACGAGGAGGACAUCCGCCUCUUCUUCCACAUCACAGGGCCCAAAGUGCCCAACGUGAAUCUGACACAUCUCAUCGGCAACAUUGACGUGGCGCCCACCAUUGCUGAGCUGGCAGGGGCUGUUUUUCCGCCUGCAGACAGCCCUCCCGUGGACGGGCUCUCCUUCGCCCCGCUGCUGCUGUCAAGUGAAGCGCGGGCACUGGACCCGGACCACUUCAGAGAGGCGCUCCUGGUGGAGAAGAUAUGGCUUGACUCCAGCCCCACUGCCGUCACACAUGAUAUCGUCAUCGCUGACAUGCACACCGAUGCCUUCUCGAAGUAUCGCGCAGCACCAGUGCCGUCAUUCAACGACACGCCCUUUCACCCACCGCCACUGCCGCCUGGCUCCACCAUCGGCCCUGGUGAUGCCAAUUACACCAACAACCGGGUGAACAAGGGCGUGGAGCUCACAGCUGAUGGCCGCGCUCUCAGGAACGGGCCGCGCUUUGGCAACACGGAGGAUGCCGAGCUGGGAGGCCCGCAGUACUUUGCGCAGUUGGGGUACAACGAGAGUGCGUACCUCAUAGCGGUGGGCUUCUCCUUCCCCUCCACCUACUAUGCGCUGCGCAUGGCCAACAAGCGCGUGGGCAGCAUAGUGUAUGCGGAUCUGGGGGUGUACGGGCACGAGUUCUACAACAUGUCAGUGGACCCCUUCCAGCUGUUCAACACCUUCCACUCCCUCCCUGCCUCGCUUGUUGCCUACUUCCAGAGCCUUCUGGACCGCCUCAAGCACUGCACUGGCCGCAGCUGCAGCCCUCGCAGCUUUGAAGUGCCGGGCAAGCGAUAUGGAUGA